UUACUUUUUAUGUGAAUCAUAACAAAUAUGAACAAUUUAUUUUUAUUUCAUUGUAAAUGUAUUAUUUUGUGUGUUCAACUUAUUUUUAUUACGUAUAUUUAUUAAAUUGACCUAUAUUAAUUUAAUUUAUCAUUGUAAAUUUUUAAUUUACUUUGUAAUAAAAAAGUAAAAAAAUUUUACUCAUUUUUAAGAUAACAAAAAAACUGUAAGACACACACAAAAAAAAAAAAAAAUCAUAUAUAUAUUUAAUUGUUAAUUAAUAAAGAUAAAUAAAUAUAUAAUUUAUUGCUAUACUGUGAAAAAGCUAUAAUAAUAAGUAUUAAAUUUUGCUAAUAAUUAUUUAUUAUUCAACUACUAAAUAAAUAAAAAAGAGUAAGGUUAGAUUGGCUGUAGUUAAAAUUGAAAUAACUUGAAUAAUUAAUAAUUUGUCAAUAAUAAAAAAAAAAUGGAUAGAUCAUUUGCACAAUGUGAUCAAGUUUCAUCAUACAUGGAUGGUGUACAUGUUAAAAUUGCUGAAGCUUAUAAACCACCAAAAAAAUUAACACUACCAGCAGCUUACAACAAUAAAUUUUCUGAAUUUACAAAAAAUACAUAUGAUUUUAGUCUUGAAAAAUCAGUUAUAGAAAAGAUGUCAGAAUGGAGAAAAGUAAGAAAUUUAGAAAAAGAAAAUAAAAAAAAACUUAUUGAAGAGUAUAAAAAAAAUAUAAAUAAUACCUCAACACCAUCAUCACCAUCAUCAGAUAAAUUACCAGAACUGCCAAUUAAAAUAGCACCAGCACCAAAAACAACAAUUCUAAAACCACAAUUAUUAUCACCACGUUUACAACAAUUUCACAAUAUUGAUAUUAAUGUUAAAACAAAUGGUCUUGAUUAUGCUGAUUUUGAUAAUGACACAAGUAAUCCAUUUGAUAAUGUUGAGCUUAAAACAAUUAAUGACAUGAAAGAACUUGCUCAGGUAUUGCAACCAACAUCACAAUGGCAACCACAAAAUAAAAUUGAAAAUAUGCUAGAUGAAAUAAGCCUAGAAAAUUCACAAGAUGAUUCACAAAAAAAUGAAAAAUCUGAAAUUGUUGAAUCUAAAAUAAUUGACAAUGAUAAUAAUUUACAAAUUGAUACUAAACAUAGAAAUAUAUCAAUUAUUGUUCAAGAAUUGCAAAGAGAAUUAGCUAAACCAUUUAUGGAGAAUUGGAAACCUUGGCCUGAUCUAGAAAGUCCAGAUGUUGAUGCUGAUCAAUCAUCAAAAAGUUUAAGUGCAAGUACAUCAACUGAAUCAGAAUCAUUAAAUCCAAUAUCUGAAUUAUCAGAAACAGAUCAAAAAUUAGCUAAACAUCUUAAUGAUAUGGGUUUUUCAUUGUCACGUGCUGCUAAAGCAAUAAGUGAUCUUGGUGGUAAUGAUAAUAAAAAAAUUGUUGAAUAUUUAUUAUCAAUUCAAUAUCUUGAAAAAUUAGGUUUAUCAAUUGAUGAUGCUGAAAAAGCAUUAUUACUUACAAAUUAUGAUCAAGAUAAUGCAAAAAAAUAUCAUGAUAAUUUAAUAACACUUAAAGAUCUUGGUUUUCCUGAAGAUGAUGCAUCAAGUGCUCUAUUAAAAUGUGAAUUUGAUCGUGAUAAAGCACUCGACUAUCUUUGUGCAUAGCAAUAUAUUUUAUUUCAUCAAAUUAAACGGUCUAAUAUCAAUUAUUCAGGUAUUUUAAAAAUACUAUUGUUUUUAAUUUAGAAAUAAAAAAUAAAAAUAUUUCAUUUGUUAAUUAAUAUAUUUUAAAAAUCAUUAAAACAAUUUUUUUUUUUUAAAUAUAAUUUAUUUGAUAAUAAAAAAAAUAAAGCACAAUUAACAAAUUAUUAAAAUGUUCAUUAUCAACAACAAAAAAUUUAUUUAAAAUAAAAAGAUAAAAUUAUCGAAAUAUAUUUUAUCUAAUUUUUAACAUUUUUUAAAAUUUAUUCAAUAAAUAUAUAUAUAUAUCAUCAAUAAAAUUAAUUAAUAAUUAACAACAAAUAAAUUGAUAAAUUUAAUUAACAAUAUUGCUAUUGGCAAUCACAAUAAUUUUUUUUUUUUCAUUUUUUUCUAUCACAAAAUAUUUUGAAAUUUAAAAACUAGAUGAACACUUUGGAAUUUCUAAAUCUAUUAUUUUCUAAUUUGAUGAAUUUUUUUUUUUAAUUUAAAAAAAAAAGAAUAAGUUGACUAGAUGAAAAAUUAAUUUUUAUAUUUAAAAAUAAUGAGUAUUGAUUUUUUUUAAGUCUAAAAUAUGACUAGAUAAUUAAUAUUUGGUUCAAUUUGAUAUUAGAAUUUUGUAUAUCCUGUCAACUUAUUCUUCGUAUAUUAAUUUAUUCAGUGUAAAUUUCCCAUGGCAAUUCAUUAAUUCCAUAUGACUGUGGAUCAAAAGUGCAUAAACAUCUAAAAAUAAAAGAAUUUUUUUAAAUCAA